CGAGAAACGGCGCCCGACACCUGGCCUUUCGCAGCUCUCGCCUUUCGCAGCUCUCGCCUAACAGGAAAGGGAAGAAAGAGGCGGAAGUGGGAACUGCACCUGAGCGACAGUACUGCAAACCAAUAGGCAGCCGGCCACGGCGGUCAGGCGCCUUCGGUCGCGUCUGGAAAGCACCAACCAACGGUCUAAGGGGCGGGCCGGAGGGGUGUGGGCCGGAGGGCCGCGGUGUGCCGCGGGGCAGUUGCGGGUUGUCAUAACGGUCCCCGCCGGAGUGAGGCGAGGCCGCGUCGCUCAGUUCUGGCCGUUUAGGGCCCCUGUAAGGAUGAGAGCGCAGAGGACGCAGGGCCGCUGGAGGCGCAGGUAACGAAGCUAGGGUGCGGUUGGGACCGCGGCUGAGCUUCUUCCGGGACCCGUGGUGCUGAAUGGAGAGGACGGAGACGAAGCCGAGCCGCGGCUCCUAGCGGCGGCGCCGAUGCUCGAGCUGUAGCUGCGCUCCCGGCCUUGGAGACCAUGAGGUUCCGCAUCUACAAACGGAAGGUGCUAAUCCUGACGCUCGUGGUGGCCGCCUGCGGCUUCGUCCUCUGGAGCAGCAAUGGGCGACAAAGGAAGAACGAGGCCCUCGCCCCACCGUUGCUGGACGCCGAACCCGCGCGGGGUGCCGGCGGCCGCGGCGGGGACCACCCCUCUGUGGCUGUGGGCAUCCGCAGGGUCUCCAACGUGUCGGGGGCUCCCCUGGUCCCGGCGGUCCCCCAGCCCGAGGCGGACAACCUGACGCUGCGGUACCGGUCCCUGGUGUACCAGCUGAACUUUGAUCAGACUCUGAGGAAUGUAGAUAAGGCUGGCACCUGGGCCCCCCGGGAGCUGGUGCUGGUGGUCCAGGUGCAUAACCGGCCCGAAUACCUCAGACUGCUGCUGGACUCACUUCGAAAAGCCCAGGGAAUUGACAACGUCCUCGUCAUCUUUAGCCAUGACUUCUGGUCGACCGAGAUCAAUCAGCUGAUCGCCGGGGUGAAUUUCUGUCCAGUUCUACAGGUGUUCUUUCCUUUCAGCAUUCAGUUGUACCCUAACGAGUUUCCAGGUAGUGACCCUAGAGAUUGUCCCAGAGACCUGCCGAAGAAUGCCGCUUUGAAAUUGGGGUGCAUCAAUGCUGAGUAUCCCGACUCCUUCGGCCAUUAUAGAGAGGCCAAAUUCUCCCAGACCAAACAUCACUGGUGGUGGAAGCUGCAUUUUGUGUGGGAAAGAGUAAAAAUUCUUCGAGAUUAUUCUGGCCUUAUACUUUUCCUAGAAGAGGAUCACUACUUAGCCCCAGACUUUUACCAUGUCUUCAAAAAGAUGUGGAAACUGAAGCAGCAAGAGUGCCCUGAAUGUGAUGUUCUCUCCCUGGGGACCUAUAGUGCCAGUCGCAGUUUCUAUGGCAUGGCUGACAAGGUGGAUGUGAAAACUUGGAAAUCCACAGAGCACAAUAUGGGUCUAGCCUUGACCCGGAAUGCCUAUCAGAAGCUGAUCGAGUGCACAGACACUUUCUGUACUUAUGAUGAUUAUAACUGGGACUGGACUCUUCAAUACUUGACUGUAUCUUGUCUUCCUAAAUUCUGGAAAGUGCUGGUUCCUCAAGUUCCUAGGAUUUUUCAUGCUGGAGACUGUGGUAUGCAUCACAAGAAAACCUGUAGACCAUCCAGUCAGAGUGCCCAAAUUGAGUCACUCUUAAAUAAUAACAAACAAUACAUGUUUCCAGAAACUCUAACUAUCAGUGAGAAGUUUACUGUGGUAGCCAUUUCCCCACCUAGAAAAAAUGGAGGGUGGGGAGAUAUUAGGGACCAUGAACUCUGUAAAAGUUAUAGAAGACUGCAGUGAAAAUCACAGUUACAAAAGCAAAAGUGACAGUCUUCUAUUUUUGAUAUUUGUCCAAACAGGACAUACAAUUGAAUAAAAGAGUUUAGGAACUGGUUUCUGCUUUAAUACAAAAACAAAAUCUUGUAAAAGGUGUCCAAAUACAUAGUAAUCUUUUCCAGUUAUGUCUGAUUAAGAUUUAAAACUGAAGGUUUCAUUUUGGGAGUAGGGUUUUAAAGCUCAAUCUGUUAUCUGCUAAAAUUGAUUAUUGUUGAUAUGAGAGAAGAGGGGAAAUUUUAUUUAAAUUGCAUCUAUUAAUCUUUUUAUCUGAAACUUUGUACGCUUUUCCACUUUCAAAACCUAUUUUAAGUACAGCAAAAUUUAUUUAAAACUGUCAUAGCAGUAAAAAGUAUUACGAUGAAAUUGUUAGGGUAUUAAUGGAACAAACCCAGUUUCACUCUCUUGACACACUUAUUAGGAAGGGAUUGCUUCCCUGGUUUAAUAAUUUAAAAGUUAUGUUUGUUAAACACCCUGUCAGAACAGUCAUUUUCAGUAUUAGAUUCCUGUACUGUUGUGUUUUGAGUGUGUUUUGGAACCUUCAUAGAACACACUUUCUUUUGGAAUGUAUUUGAUUGAUAAGAAAGUUUAAACAUUGUUUUCACCUCAAUGUAGAAAUACAGUGGUUUUGUUUUUUUUUCUUUUAGUGCUGACAAAAUAAAAUACUCAUUUUUGCAUAAAAA